GUCCCAAUGACAGAAAAGCUUCAUUUGUCUUCGUCGAACUUGAUUUGCCGCGCAGAAAAAGUUUCGCGCCAAAACAAGACUGCGCAAACCACACAAGCACAGAUACAAGCACGCACACACGCACGAGACGAGCAGCGAUGGACACGUUCAAGGCGCGGCUUGCAGGGUCUGAUCUCAACGACCACGUGGAUGAGACGGUGGUGCUGGUGGGCGAGGUGCUGAGCCACGACGGCUCCACCGUGGUGGACAUGCAGGCAGCAGACGGAUCAAACGUGCGCGUCAUCUUCGACGCCGCAGUGAGCGACUUGACCAAGUGCAUUGAGGUGACCGGCAAGGUGAACGCGGACGGUACAAUGACUGGCUGGACCAUGUCCAACUUUGGCGACAACUUUGAUCUGAAGAAGUAUGGUGAGGCACUGAAGGUGAUGGAUGCACACAGGGGCAUCUUCCAGGGCUGAACCGCCCACACAACACAAAACACAAACACAACACAAACACACAAACUAUACAAUACGAACACACAACACAAACACAAACACAACACACUCCACUUUCUUCUGCUUUCUUCCUUGUACAUUGCUGGCCUUAACAAUGAUUUGGCGCUUGCUUGGCGCGUGUGCCAAUGCGCGAUGGUGAUGCUGUGUGAGCAAGCAAACGUGUGUUGCUUCAGCUUCCUGUCUGUCGGUCUUCUGCGCGUUUCCCAUCUAAGCAGACGUAGUAAACAAACCAAAAGCAAA